UCCCCUUUCUGAACAACAGUCUCUUCGAUUCAGUCCAGCUUGAGACUGACAACCCAACAAAACUCACCAUGAUGCCUAUCUGGGUAUUGAUGUUCCUGGCAGUUGCAGCUGCAGCUCCUCUGGAUGACGAUAAGAUUAUAGGGGGAUAUGAAUGCACCCCUCACUCUCAGCCCUGGCAGGUUUAUUUAACCCAAAAUGGAGACCGCUGGUGUGGGGGUUCACUUAUCUCACCAAGGUGGAUUAUUUCUGCUGCACAUUGCUACGUUCCACCCAAGACCAUGGUUGCUCACCUUGGAGAACAUGACCUUAAUAAGAAGGAGACAACUGAGCAGCACAUCCAAGUGGAGAACAUCUACAUGCACCACGGCUACAAUGAGGAUACUUAUGACAAUGAUAUCAUGUUGGUUAAACUAGCGGAACCUGCUCAGUAUAAUCAGUAUGUACAGCCCAUCCCAGUGGCAAGAAGCUGCCCGAAAGCGGCUACUGAGUGCCUUGUGUCUGGCUAUGGAAAUCUGCUUGCGUAUGGUGUGAAGUACGCUGAUCAAUUGCAGUGUCUAGAUCUGCCCAUUCUGUCUGAAUCCAGCUGUAAGGCUUCAUAUCCCAAGAAGAUUUCUGAGAACAUGUUCUGUGCCGGCUUCCUGGAAGGUGGAAAGGAUUCAUGCCAGAAGAACAUGUCAUGCAAAACAAGAUUAGAAUUGAUCACAUCGCUAAGCACCAUUAUUUUGUAUGGUGGUGACUCUGGUGGACCUCUGAUUUGCAAUGGAGAACUCUAUGGAGUGGUCUCAUGGGGAUGGUACUGUGCCAGGAAGGAUCUUCCAGGAGUUUAUGCUAAAGUCUGUAACUAUCUAGACUGGAUACAGGACAUUACAAAUAACAACUAAACACAAACCCUUCAGACUCAUACACAGUAUAUAGAAGUGAUUGUAUACCAUAGCGAGCAAUGACUCUUCUGCUGCAGCUGAACAACAUCUCUCAACAUCCUGAACCAAUAGGAAUUAUUCAUAUGUUAAAAAAAUGUGUGUAUUACUGUAUAUGCAGCCAACAAUGGUGGUUACAUUUGUUGUUCUAUGGGUUAUAUGUCACCAACAAUUAAAUGAACUUGAGGCAUCAA